AUGACGAUCGACCAGGAGUUCAGGAGCACCCAGGAGCAGCUGGCCGCAGAGGCUGGUGUUCAGACUCAGUACCGUCCCAUGCGCGAGGUGUUGAACGUGGAAGGUUCGGACAGUAUGCAGACGAAGAAGAGCAAUAAUAUGAGUGGCUAUGAGAAGGUCUGGACCGACUGUGGCGACGACAUGGGCUCCAUCGACCUCGAAGUUCAAGACAUGUGGAUGGAUGGGGUUACUACGGACUUACAUCAACAGAGUUGGCAGUUGGAUGGAGUACAUCACGAGAUGGACUGGAGCUCGGCGCUGCAUUUCUCUUGUGAAGGUGGCAUGUGGUACGGAAACGAUCAGGCAGAGGAGUUGACUACGAGGAUCCCGGGCAAACGCGUUAAUGAAAUCUACCUCACCUUCGAUAAUCUCGGUAGCAUGUUGCAGUACUGGUUGGCGGACGCUCAGCAACAUCGGUUCACGGACAUCGCGGAAAUCAUGGGAGCUGUGAGGCACUGGUGUAUGCGCUACGACGGCUACGAUGCGAAGGAGCACGAGAUCGAGAUGAAGGUGAAGACCCUGAACCUCCGGACCCAUCUAGUGCUGAACGGGGAGGUGGACGACUUGGUGAACUUGAAGAAGCAGCCGCGGCGGCAGCUCCUGCACCUGCUGAGGCAGCAGCUGCUGCUGAGGCUGCCAGAUGAAGGCGGUCUCAAGAGAGCACUGACGCCGGGAUCCGAGGCUGAUGACAAGUACGACGACAAUCUUGAAUUGGCCAUGGAUGCAUAUGCAGCACUCAACUGUUGUGACGAGGAGGUGUUGGAGGGCUACGUUUUGGUGCAUCGUUAUGACAACAUGGGAUGUUACACGGAAGCGGUGAUUGAGCGAGAAAUGAACAUAUUAACUCCGGACGAGCUCAAGAAAUAUGCACGCGACGUGGCCGAAGCAUGUCUCUUGGAACUGCAGCGUUGGUGCGGCAUGGGCAUGUUCAACCGGAUGGCACGCAAGACGGCAACUAACUUAGUUGACAGUCGAUGGGUGCUCAAAUGGAAGCUGAUCGGUGGCGUACGCAAGAUCAAAGCAAGUGAGAUCACCGAGGUGCUAGACAUGAACAAGCCAGGAUUUGGAACUAAAGAUGCACCUUGGUCAUGGAGUAUGGCUCUUACUGAGACUCUAGUUGAAGCACGAUGGCAGCCAGCUCGAGCGGACACACAGUUGUAUAUCAAACAUCGCAAGGCAAAGAACGACGACGGCAACUGUCCUAUCACGGGUAAACCAUACGUUAAGAAUGGAGUGGUACCGCUCGGAGUUCUGGCGACGCACGUGGACGAUUUCAAAGGAGCUUGUGAGGAAGACACUCGUACGGAGCUGUUUCAGAGGCUGGAAGCCAAAUAUGGCAAGUGCGAGUUGAUCGAGGCACCCUUUGAGUGCGUUGGUAUUCAGCAUCGACAGGAUCCAAAGACUAUGGAGUGCACUAUGGACCAGAAUCAUUAUGUGACGCAGUUGAAACCAAUACCUACAACAAUGUUUGAGAAGCAAAAUGACACUGAUAAGGCGAACGAUGAGCAGGCGAAGGUAAAUCGUGGCACGUUCAGUGCAGAAUUCAACAAUGCGAUCGAGGCCACGGAGUACGGUAUGCUACUGAAUGGAUUCAUGACGGUCGUCGAUCCUGGAGGCUUUCUCAACGGGCAGAUGGAGGAUAUCAAUAAGAGAACAGUUACACUCCUGGAGCUGCCCAGACAGAUCGACGAAGUCGACCUCGGCGUGAACGCAGGUCUUCAGCCGCUCGCAUCUUCGGGCGCGCCGCGCCCCCGGGAGCCGCAUGCACGCCGGCGGCCCCGGCGGGGCGGACUGGACAUGGACGUGAACGUUCGCGUGUUGCACAUCGCGGAGGACGCCGAGCGCGUCCUCUUCGGGGCCGGCUGCGCCUACCUGCUGCUCGGCGUCUGCGCGGCGCUGCGGUCGAGCGCGCGGACCUCGGGCCUGCCGCAGUGGCUCGCGGCGCUGCUGAGGCGGGCCCGGCGGGCCCCGGAGCCCGGCAAGGAGGACGGGGGCUCGGACGUCGCAGAGCAGGAGCUCAAGAAGAAAAAGUUGAAGCUGGCAAAGCAGCUGCUGGCACAUGCGCACUUCGGUGGUAUGGUCUCGAUCGCAGCCCAGUGGUUCGGCGGCACUCUGCCCACAUCUUUUUUGCAGAAGGGCUGCUCACUCGCAAACUCUGUAAUUUUGAUGGUCUUAUGGAUCGCACCGUCCUCAGUCACACAAGAGUCUGUCGACUGGAUAUACUCGGCGAUGAUGGCUAUUCUGAGCUUCACAGUGUCUCCUCUUGCAGUUUAUGCAGACACAGUCUUGGUUUUUUCCAAUGCUACCUGGGUCGUGGCUCUUGGUUUGAGUGUCGUGAAUUUGAAACCAUGGCUGAAUGCGUGCUGGAUAUUUGCGAUCAACGCGAUGGCUUGCUUCAAUCUUGCUGUUGGUGAGCGAGGCUGUGACGAGUGUGCCAGCGCCGACCCUUUUAGAGGGGCGCUGCAACUUUUAACGAUUUCCGUCCUUUCUGUACUUUGCUUGGCAGCUGUUGAUAGAUUGUUGCAUCAGCUGACGCAGCUGGAGCUCGAUGCCUAUUCCUCGCGCAACGAGCUGGCCGCCGCCCAGUCCGUACUGCGGAGCGUUUGCGACGUGGUCGUGGAGGUGGACGACAUGCUACGGCUCAGAAUGGACUCGCCAGAGUUGCGGAACAUGCUGUUUCUCAACCAGAACCGGUCCCUGCAGCACGAGGACGUGCGCAACUUCCUGGCGUCUGCCGAGGACGGCGCCAAGUUCCACGAGCACACCACGUCCACCGGACAGCCAGGGGGCGAGCAGCCACGCCUGAGCGUCGCCUUCCACGUUUCCAUGAGGGACAGUGCCUGGAUCACGCUGGAGGUCGAGGUCUUCGUGGUGCGAUUCUCGAACAGGGAGGGGCAGGAUUCGUACCUGGUGGGCAUCCGCGAGCAGUCCGACUCGGAGCUCCGCGGAGGCAGCUGCCAGCGCGAGCCGAGGCGGGGCCUCGGCCCCGCCGCGCUGGCGCCGACGAUCACGCGCGGCGUGCCGAAGCGUGAGGCGGCCGAGCAGGGUGCUGAGGCCCGGCUCGCCCGCUCGGUCUCGUCCUCGUCGGUCGGCAGCUCGUCCUACGAGGUCCUGCAGGGUGCCGAGCUCAGCGCCUGGGUGGAUCUGAUGAGCCCCGAGUGGCAGAUCGUGGGCGUCACCGACGCGCUCAAGCAGUGCAUAGGGCUCGCGGAGGAGGAGGUCGAUUUCCUCCCGCUGGUGUCGGGCGGCCAACGGGAAAAGUUGAUCUCGUUCGUGCAGGAUCUGCACUUCCACAAUCCAGGCGGGGACGCCCCCACCACCUUCGAGGAGCCCCUCCACUUCCGCACCUUGCACAUGCAUCGCCUGAACCUCCGCAUGCGCGCGUCCCUGGGGCUGGACUGGCUCCCCGCCCCCAGCCAGACGCCGGAGGCCUCGCACGUGAUUCGCAUGAGCCUCGGCGAGGUCAGCUGGCUCAGCGGCGGCCGACGCAGCAGCCGCGGGAGGCGGGCGCCCCGCAGAUCCCCUGGCGCCUUGCGGGGCGCGACGACCUGAUAGCUCUCGGCACGGCAGGCACAAGCAGAUACACAUAUAUACAUAUAUAAAGUGUGUUCCCCAGCCACACACAUAUAUACCGGAUUUCUUUCGAACGGCCCGCAGUUUUCGCGCGAAUCGAUUUCGCGCGGACGGCGGACCCUCGUCACGAGUCACAGGUGCGUGACUGGAGGCGACAGGCACGGCUGGCUUCCAUUUCCUAGCUCAGGCCGUGCGCGACGAACACCCGCAGUCGUUGAAGUUCGGGAGUGUAGAGCUCAGAGUCGUCCAUUGGCAAAUCCUGCUCAUAACACGUGAUCAAGCAGUCUUUUCGGGCAGACACAGCAGCGUUUCGGAGUCGACCUCCCGCGCCAAAUGCUGCCUCGAAGUUCGGUUGCAUAGUUUUUGCGCCUAGAUGUUUGAACGACUCACUUCUGGCCUUUCGUUUCACUGUUGUUUCGCUCUCGAGGCCGCCCCCAGGUCUCAAGACCUGGAGGCCGAGCAACUCGCUUUAUCGCCUUCGAGGCCUGCCCUCGGCGAGUCGUUAGUUUGGACUUGGGCCCAGAUUGCAAAAAGGCUUCCGCCCCAAGCGCAGAGGAGGUCCAAUCACCCUGGAUUGCGGCAUCCAGGCCCAGGCGCAUCGCCCCCCCCCCCCCCCCCCCCAGUCGGAGCGCGAUGCUUUCUGGGAGUGGGCCCUUCGAGGCGCUAGAUGGAUGCCGUGGGGCAAGCUCCGUCCCACAAGAUGGGCCUACGGUAAUUUUCAGGGCGUGCGGCACAUUCUCUAGUAGUGCCCGCCUCCUUGGAUCAGGCCACGGCGUGCGCUGCGCCGCAACCGCUGGUUAACAACGGGGCGGAAACAUACGAAA